CGCGCCGGCCAUGGGGAAGGAGCAGGAGCUGCUGGAGGCCGCUCGCACCGGGAACCUCCCGGCCGUGGAGAAGCUGCUCUCGGGGAAGCGCCUCAGCUCCGGCUUCGGCGGCUCCGGUGGCGGCGGCGGCAGCAGCGGCGGCUCCGCGGGGGGAGGCGGCGGCGGGAGCGGCGGGAGCGUCGGUGUGGGGCACCCGCUGUCCAGCCUGCUCAGCAUCUGGAGGGGGCCAAACGUGAACUGCGUUGACAGUACAGGAUACACCCCGCUGCACCACGCUGCCUUGAAUGGCCAUAAGGAUGUUGUGGAAGUUCUGCUGAGGAACGACGCGCUCACCAACGUGGCAGAUUGCAAGGGCUGUUACCCCCUGCACUUGGCAGCCUGGAAAGGAGAUGCUGACAUAGUGAAGCUGCUCAUCCACCAGGGCCCUUCGCACACCAAAGUGAAUGAGCAGAAUGCUCUUGAGAUCAAAGAACUCAAAAAGUACGGCCCCUUUGACCCAUAUAUCAAUGCCAAGAACAACGACAACGAGACGGCGCUGCACUGCGCGGCCCAGCACGGCCACACCGAGGUGGUGAAGGUGCUGCUGGAGGAGCUCACCGACCCCACCAUGCGCAACAACAAGUUCGAGACCCCCCUGGACCUGGCCGCGCUCUACGGGAGGCUGGAAGUGGUCAAGAUGCUCUUGAACGCCCACCCCAACCUGCUGAGCUGCAACACUAAGAAACACACUCCGCUGCACCUGGCAGCCAGGAACGGUCACAAAGCUGUGGUCCACGUCCUCCUAGAUGCUGGCAUGGACAGCAACUACCAGACUGAGAAAGGCAGUGCUUUGCACGAAGCUGCUUUGUUUGGCAAGACAGAUGUGGUACAAAUAUUGCUGGCUGCAGGUAUUGAUGUGAACAUAAAGGAUAACAGAGGCCUGACUGCUCUGGACAUUGUGAGGGAGCUUCCUUCCCAGAAAAGCCAGCACAUAGCAGCUCUCAUUGAAGAUUACACCGUUGGGAAGAAAAGUGCCAAAGCUGUGGAGAAAUCUGCUCCAGCCCCGCUCGCUGCAGCCACCGAUCCCUCGGGCCGGACGUCUCAGGGUGACGUGGACAAAGCUGUCACAGAGCUGAUCAUCGAUUUUGAUGUGAACCCUGAAGAGGAGAGCCCGUAUGAGGCUCUGUACAACGCCACGUCCUGCCACUCCCUGGACAGCCUGGCCAGCGGGAAGUCAUCCGACCGGGAGUCUGGGAAUAAGGAGGCUGAGCCCAGUGGCCUCAAAGCAGCUGCAGUCAGGCCUAGAGAACGUCCUCCCCCGCCGGCCAAGCCCCCGCCUGAUGAAGAGGAGGAGCAGAAUGUGGAGAAGAAGACAGGCCACAGUGCUCCCUGUGAGGCCUCUGCUGCCCGGGGGAAGAGCAGGGGAAGUGGAGCUGAGGAAGAGGAACACCCCUACGAGCUGUUGCUUACAGCAGAAACUAAAAAGCCGGUUGCAGUGGACAGGAAAACAAAAGACCACAGGAGGAGCAGCGGCGGCCGCAGCCAGGACUCUGCCGAGAGCCAGGACAUCCAGGUGCCAGAGCAGUUUUCAGGCUUGCUCCACGGCUCUUCUCCAAUCUGUGAAAUAAGCGAGGACCCUUUCAGGCUCGCUUCCUCCGAGGAGAAGGGGGACACGGAAGCCACGAGCCACCCCGCUGCUAUGCAGCUGGAGGAUGCUGAGCUAACCUCGUCGGGACCAGCACGGAGCAGCUCCCCGGACCCCACGCAGACGGUGGUGUACGCCACGGUGCAGCACGUCAGCCGGGCGGAUCCCGCAGCCGCCGUCACGCCCCACGUGCAGCAGCACCCCGGCGGUGCUGAGCCAGAGGGGGACAGAGCUGUGGGCAGAGCCCACCCGGGCAGCAAGCCCAAAGCCGAGCUCAAACUCAGCCGCAGCUUGUCCAAGUCGGACUCUGACCUGCUGACCUGCUCCCCGACGGAGGACGAUGCCAUGGGGAGCCGCAGCGAAUCGCUCUCCAACUGCAGCACCGGGAAGAAGCGGCUGGAGAAGUCCCCAUCCUUCGCUUCGGAGUGGGAUGAGAUUGAAAAGAUCAUGAGUUCCAUCGGCGAAGGCAUUGACUUUUCCCAGGAGCAGCACAGGAUCUCAGGUUCGCGGAUGCUGGAGCAGAGCGUCGGGGAGUGGCUGGAGUCCAUCGGCCUGCAGCAGUACGAGAGCAAGCUGCUCCUGAACGGCUUCGACGAUGUGCGCUUCCUGGGCUGUAAUGUCAUGGAGGACCAGGACCUUCGGGAUAUCGGGAUCGGUGACCCGCAGCACCGGCGGAAGCUGCUCCAGGCUGCUCGCUCCCUCCCCAAGUUGAAACCCCUGGGCUGUGAUGGGAAUAGCCAGCCAUCAGUUCCUGCAUGGCUCGACUCCCUGGGGCUGCAGGAUUACAUCCAGUCCUUCCUCUCGAGUGGCUACAGCUCUAUUGACACUGUGAAAAACCUCUGGGAGCUUGAGAUAGUGAACGUGCUGAAAGUGAACCUGCUGGGCCAUCGGAAGAGGAUCAUCGCCUCGCUGGCAGACAGACCCUACGAGGAGCCACCAGCCAAGCCACCACGGUUCUCACAGCUGAGAUGCCAGGAUUUGAUGUCCCAGACGUCGUCACCCCUGAGCCAGAACGACUCCUGCACAGGCAGAUCUGCUGAUCUCCUGCUGCCCUCCGGGGACACUGCCAAGAGGCAGCACGAUCGAGGCACUGAGGUUGCUCCUUACUCCAGAGCUGAGCGCUACAAAGCACAGGAGGACCGUCGGGAGUCCAGGCUCACCCUGCGCCCCCCCAGCCUGGCAGCCCCCUAUGCCCCUGUUCAAAACUGGCAGCACCAGCCCGAGAAGCUCAUCUUCGAGUCCUGCGGGUACGAGGCCAACUACUUGGGCUCCAUGUUGAUCAAAGACCUCCGAGGGACAGAGUCUACCCAGGACGCCUGUGCCAAGAUGAGGAAAUCCACGGAGCACAUGAAGAAGAUCCCAACCAUAAUCCUGUCCAUCACAUACAAAGGGGUGAAGUUCAUCGAUGCCUCCAACAAGAAUGUCAUUGCUGAGCAUGAGAUCCGGAACAUCUCCUGUGCUGCUCAGGACCCUGAGGACCUCUGCACAUUUGCCUACAUCACCAAGGACCUGCAGACCAGCCAUCACUACUGCCAUGUCUUCAGCACUGUGGAUGUGAACCUGACGUACGAGAUCAUCCUCACGUUGGGGCAGGCAUUCGAGGUCGCCUACCAGCUCGCCCUGCAAGCUCAGAGAGCAAAGCCUCUGGGUGCUGGAGCAGGGGAAAUGAUUGAAACAAAAUCUUCCAAACCGGUGCCUAAACCACGAGCAGGCAUGAGGAAAUCCGCGCUGGAUCCCCCUGAAGUGGACCAAGACUCCCAGUCUCAUGCCAGUGUCUCCUGGGUCGUGGACCCCAAGCAGGACUCCAAGCGGACCCUCAGCACUAACUGAGCUCCGGGCAGCCGUCUCCUACCACGGGAUGUAGUAGCGGGGCAGAGACCUGGGACGCAGUGGCCUCCUGACAUGAAGAUCUUCUUCCCUCUGGCACGGGUGGCUGCCUCAGAGUGGCUGCGUGGCUGCUCGGUGAGGGCUCCCAGAGCACAGGGGGGAAGGGACCCAGCUCCGCCGAGGAAAGCUGCUCAUCUCCAUUCCUAGCAAAGGAAAACUCGAGACUCGGAGGCCAAGAGCGAUGUCGCCUUUCCUAGUUUGAGACAAAACGUCUUUCCGCCAGUUUCUUUUUUAAUGAAGUGACACAGAGCAAAUCCGGUUCACGGUUUCAAUGUAGCACUGCAGCUUUUUGGUGAGGAAAAAAAAAAACAACACAGAUUUUCAUUUACUGAGAAUCCUGCAGUCCAGCGAGGAGCACGAUAGAAAGUCUUAGCAGGGGCGUGGUGUGCACAUUUCUGAUGGUACUUACUCUGCUUCAGCUCUGGGUGAGCAGGAGAGAACGCCAAAUUCUUGGAGAUCGCUUCCUCCUGUGUGAGAACCUGGCAGGGUAAGUCUGCAUCCCGUUCUCCAAGCCACUCCACGCUUUUAUAGCAAAUGGAAGUAACUUGAGGAAAAGAAUCUGCAAAGGAUCUUUCACCCCAGAGCAGCUGUGGCCAAUAUCCCCGAUGGUACAAAGCUUCCUUAUCCCCCGAACUGUCGUGUUGCAAUACUUGACAUUUCUAUGGCAAGGACCCCGUUUCUUCCCAUUUCCGCACUGAAUUCCUGGGACGACUCCCUGCUCCAGCCUCUGUGCACCUGUCUUGUUUUUAAAUGCAGUUAUGCCCUGAAGGGUUGGGGGUUUUUUUUAAGUAUAUUCAAUUGUGAUUUAGCACUUUUUUGAUACUAGCUCAUUAUUUAAUUAGUGCAACCGUUUCAGAAGAUGAACAAAUAAGGAGUUAAAUUUUGGGCAUUACACUGAAACAGUCCAUCCCCAAGGACAAACCACAUCAGCCUGAGGGUGGCUUGGCCCCGUCCGAGCCCAGUGUCCCCAAAGACACCACCUCAAAGGUGCUGUGUGCUUGCUUUUAUUCUGAAUUACGGAGUGUUUCACAGUGGUUUGGGCUGUGACUGACGUGUUUUCAGACUGUUCCCCUCUGGGGAGAUUGUUAAAAUGGUUGUGAUAUGAAUUCUUCAGAUGCAGAAUGCAGCGCAGUGUGUCUGUGGUGAUCUCACCAGGCCCUGGCAGGGCUGUGGGACCUGCUGCCACGGGAACACUGUGCCCGAGUAAUUCCUGUUUAACUCCAGUUGCUGCUGUAUUGUCAGGAUUUCCUUUAGUCUCUCUCACCGGUGAGGCUGGGAGGGAAGUGAACCAUAAUCCCAAGGGCACAGACCUGUAAAGGAUUGGCAAGGGGGAGUGGAGAUUUUGGGUUAAGUCAAUGAAUUUAGGAAACCUAACAUUCCUUGUUAUGCACAUGUUGCAAUUCAUACUGGUGUAAGUGUAAAUAUUUGGUGUGUUGGCAACAAGUCUUUGGUGAGAUUGCAAAUUGAACCUCUGCUUGGGAGGAGGGACACCUUUCCUUUCUGACACGUGAGCUUUUUUGGAGGUUGGCUUGGAGGUAACGUGGUGAUGAAGACUCCAAUCUUCAGGCACUGGGCUCGGUGACCCUGGUGGUCCAUGCCAGCCCCAUGUGUAAACCUGUGGUUGUCUUUAGUGAUCCAUUCUUUAGCCAGACACUCCCUUUCUCACCUUUCUCACAGACAGAGCAGUUGUUCUGGCAGUUCAGUGUGGUGAGGUUUCUUGAGGGACUCAGUGCUGGAGACUGACCCUGGGCUGUGCCAGUUUUUGGCUCCUGGCCACCUUCACCCACCCACUGUGCAGUAUUCGGGCUCUUCCUCCCUGCAGGGUUUUGUGCUAUCUUGAGGAAACUGCCCCAAAUUUCUGGUGCUGAACAUGACAUUGCAUCCAGCUGCAUCUGCUGUAUUACCUGCCCGGGAGGAGUUUGGGCUCCUCUGUUCCUCUCUUUAAAGACAGAUUGUGUUUCACAGACUUUGGUUUGUGGGCUGAGCCCUCACUCACGGCUGGCAAACAGAGUUGCCAAGUUUUGUCUUUCUUUUUAUAGGAGGGGAUGAUUUUUUUUUUUUUCAAAUUGAAGAUGCUUUAUCCUUUUUUUAUUUUGUGUUUACGAAGAAAAAAAAAAAAUCAGCGCUAACCUUAGUUGUUCAGCUGACUUUAAACUUGCUUUGGGAUUGUUCUUUUUAGAAGAAAUUAUGCAACUUUUAGGGGUACACGCCUGUCCCCCCUCCCAGGGAGAAGAUGCAGCACCUUCCAGGCUGUACCUGUAGUGAAGUCUGUACCUUCAGGAGGCUGCUGAGACACAGAGCAGAUGCCAAAAAGCCCCGAACUCGUCCCGUUCUGUGUGCAGCUGAGGUGGAGCCAAUGCUUUAAUGCUCCUUCCACCCACCUCAGAAGUUUCCAGCAGCAGCAGCAGCAUUUCCCUGGCUCUGCUCAGAUCCGUGUUUUGGAGCCAGCACAGCGCUCACAAAGCUGUCGUGUUGCAAAGGUCUCCCUUUUAAAUCUCAUAUAAAUAAUACCUUAAAUUUGUUUUCCCAAAAGAAAAGUACCUGUGCUGUUCUUGCUAAGUCAACCCAGCUCAGACAUUUUUCUUACCCACAGAAGAAUAACCUGGGAUUCCCUGACAGGGCAGAGACAGUCGAGUUCAGUUUGCAAUGUGGACAUUUUUGCUAAUUGUGAUGUAUGGCAGUGGGGCUGAUUUGUAAUACAAAUGUUAUUUAAUCUGUCUGUAUUUUGAUACUUGAAUUUCCUUUUAUUUCCUGUAUAUACAAUUGUUAAUCUGUUCAAAUUUGUCUGAAUUUUAAACAUCUUGUGGUACCAAACAUAACCAAUCUGUGCAACAACAUAGACUGACCUCACUACAACAAGGCGAGAUUGUAAAUAUUCCUGGGCUUCCAGCAGUCGUUUUGUUGUUUUCAUAAUUGUACAACUUAGAACAGACCGAAUUAAUAAACAACCUUAGACACA